AUGGCAUUCAGCUUCGGCUUCUCCGGUGAUGACAUUGACAUUGAUGAGGCCGAGCAUAAUACCGGAACCUCUGAUGUCGUCGCCCCCCAAGGCACGGCGAAUGCUCUCCCUGAACUGGUUAAUGCCAGUCAACAUGAUAUGAACGAAUGGCUCUCAAUUCUUCCAUCACAAAUAUUUUACAAUCGGCUCACUAUCAGCGAGACACCCAUUGUCAUCGCGCGCCGAGAAAUAAUCGACAUCCGCACCCAAUUGAUGGCAGAGGACAGCGCAGACCACGAUAAUGCCGAGCUGAUCGCUGGUCUGGAAGAGGGUGACCUCAAGCCUAACUUCUACGAGGGCGGCUUCAAAACCUGGGAAUGCGCCCUGGAUCUUGCCAAGCUGGUUGCUAGUGAAAGUGCCGUGGAGUCUUUGGUCGACUCGCAGACAAAUGUCCAUAUUAUCGAGCUCGGUGCAGGCACUGCAGUCCCAUCACUAGCUCUGUUUGCCCAUAUCCUCGGCCAAACAGAACCCGCGGGGGAUGCCCCGCAACGCAAAGUGCAUUUCACCUUUGCAGAUUACAAUGACGCAGUUUUGCGUCUCGUGACGCUUCCUAAUCUCCUUUUGACAUGGUCGAACUGCAGAUCCCAGCCUGCCACGUCAGAUGUAGAUGAGACGACCCCGGAAGAGGAAUUGGACAUUACGCCCGAGUUAGUAGACGACUUCAAGGCCGACCUGGCACGGCGCGGGAUCUCCAUCGACUUCAUCUCGGGUGCCUGGUCUCCCGAGUUCGUCGACUUUGUGUUCUCCACUCGCAGUGGGGGUGAUUAUAAGACUCUGGUGAUGGCUAGCGAGACGAUCUACUCGCCGUCGUCAUUGACGGCGUUCUCAGAGACCCUUUUGUCUUUGCUGCGACGUUCUAGCACGGAUCCAGCGAAGAGCCGGGCGUUGAUUGCUGCGAAGAAGGUCUACUUUGGAGUCGGAGGUGGGGUGGAUGAAUUCCUCGCCGUGUUGCAGAAAGUCUGCGGAGAUGAGUUGGAGGUGCAGCACAAAGUGGAUAUCCAGUCGGAAGGCGUCGGCAGAGUCGUGUUGGAGAUCACGCCUGCUGCGAAGUAA